AUGGCGACUUUGACGAGGUGGGCCGACGCGCCCGGGACGCUCGUCGCCGUCGGCGCCUCCGUGGCCCUCGGCCUCUUCUACGCGGCGUUCCAGCUCCACUUGCUCCCGGUGCCGCUCGCGCGCAUUGCUGGACGGCUCUACUUUUACCCGACGCUGCCCUUGACGUACCUUGCGCGGCGCAAGAACUAUUUCACGCUCGUCGACUCGCACGUCUUCCUGGGCGCUGUGCCCAUUGCCGCGCUCGGCCAUGUCGAGCAAAUGCACGCGCGGGGCGUCCGCGCGGUCGUCAACCUCUGCGACGAGUACGCUGGGCCGGUUGUGGCGUACCGCAAGCGGGGCAUCCAGCAGCUCUGGCUCCCGACCGUCGACCACACGGAGCCGUCGCUCGAAGACAUUCGCAAGGCGAUCGACUUUAUCUCGUUCCACAAGGAGCGCGGGUCGCGCGUCUACAUCCACUGCAAGGCGGGCGCCGGGCGCAGCGCCACCAUCGCGUUCUGCUGGCUCCUCCACGCCAAAGAGACGUGGAACCUCCCCGAGACGCAGCUCUAUCUGAGCGUACGGCGCAAGGUACGCAAGACGCUUGGCCAGCAGCCGAAUGCCAUCGCGUACUUUGCGUCCCUUCGCCCGCCGGUCACAUCGCCCGUCUUUCCCGCGACGCUGUCCAAGGCUGGACAAUAA